GCGCGGUGCGGUUUGAAUGGCGCAGGCUCCGGGCGCGGGGGCCCGGCCGUAGGUCUCCGUGGCUCCUCCUCCCCCUCCUCGGCGUGGCCCGGCGCGGUCCGGUACCAUGAGCAGCGGGGAUUUGAGAGAUUAUGGCAUCUGAAGCCCACGAUGUUAGAAAACAGAAAGUACUGCAUAUCGAAGGUCACCCCAUUGAUCUCCCCAGAAAAAGAAUCUCUUCUUCCACUAAAAAGAUCAUGAAGGAGGGUAAGAAAUCUCCAAAACAGCUGGCUUCAUACACAAACAGAAUAACAGUUGGAAAAACGGUGACCAGUCCCCUCUCUCUUUUCAAAGUAGUAUAUUGUAAAAGAAAAGUUCAUUGUUAUACUCCAAAGCCCUGUUACAGAAAGAAACAGUUCCCUAAAUCUAGGGGCUGUGACAUGGCAAAUAAAGAAAAUGAACUGGCUUGUGCAGGGAAUCUGCCAGCAAAACUGCACGACAGUCGCACACACUUGCUGAAUUCUAGUGACUCUGGCUCAUCUCAAACAGAAGGCCCUUCAUCCAAGUAUAGUGGAUUUUUUUCAGAGGUUUCUCAGGACCAUGAAACUAUGGCUCAAGUUCUUUUCAGCAGGAAUCUGAGGCUGAAUGUAGCUUUAACCUUUUGGAGAAGGAGAAGUAUAAGUGAACUGGUAGCCUACUUAGUGAGGAUACAGGAUCUUGGAGUAGUAGUAGAUUGCCUUCCUGUGCUUACAAACAGUUUACAGGAAGAAAAACCAUAUAUUUCAGUUGGCUGCUGUGUAGAUCUUUUGCCUUUAGUGAAAUUACUGCUUAAAAGCAAAUAUGAAGAAUACGUGAUAGUUGGUUUAAACUGGCUUCAAGCUGUGAUUAAAAGAUGGUGGUCAGAACUCUCUGCACAUACAGAAAAGGCAGAGGAUGGAAAUAUUCAUAUCUUAAAACAGCAAUUAAGUGGAUUAUGGGAACAGGAGAACCAUCUUACUCUGGUUCCUGGAUAUACUGGUAAUAUAGCUAAGGAUGUAAAUGCUUAUUUAUUACAGCUACACUGACAUGAUUGGGAAACUGUGUGUGUUUAUGUGGUGGAACAAUCCCCUAAAGCAUCCCUGAAACACAUACUAUUUCUGGAAGCCUUUUGAGAAAUACUGGCAGAAGAGAACUGAACUGUCAAGCUGUUUAUUGAAACCACUAACAAAAUCCUAACAAUCUACUUCACAUUGAAGUGGAAAAAUGUCUGGUAGGAGCAACUUUUACUUCAGUGAGGUGAAAGUGCACUAUGAAAACUGUAUGCCUUUGCUGCAUUUGGGAUUCACUCAGUUACUAGGGAUUCACUUAAAUGCUACUGUAUUUUACUUCAACAUGGCAUAAAAGAAAAUGAAUUACACUGUCAAAGACAAGACAGCAGAAACAGUUACAGAGAACCAACAGAAGCAAUCAGCAUUAAGAGCUUUUAAAUGUUUCUUUCACAAGAGAACUCCAAAAUGCACACCUAUCUGCCAAUGACCUAAAAACCUUCUGAAUGCUCAAUUACUUCUGUUUUAAUCAAAUUAUUAAAGACAGUUUUUGUUUGCACUAUUGAGAAACUGCAAAGAUGCCUUAAUUACUAGUGUUUCAAAAAGCCAAUGUGUUAAGAUGCAAAUAGCUAUUAUGUUCAGAUUGUGAUGAAAAACUACAAAAAUCAGGGUUUCACAUUGUUUAGUUAAUGAAAAAUUGCACAUAUACAAAGAUUCAUGUAUUAAAGAAGUUAUAAAUACCUGAAUUUAAGCUUGGAUAAACAGUUAUUGCAUAUGUCAGCAGACUGGUGAAUUUAUGUUUAACAAAUGUUUUUAUAUUGUAUGUGGUUUUCUAACACAGUAAUCUCGUUCUGUAUCAUUUAAACUACAUGCAAAUAAGUAAAUGUAUUAAAUGUAUCUACUGUUUUUUCUUCAAGUUCAUAAAAACAAUUUCUAGAAUACACACUUCCACAGUACUUUUUAUCAUAGAUAUUUAUGUCUGUUUGAAAUGUUUACAGCCAGAUGAGGCCAUGUUAUUCAAAUCAGACCCUUUUUUUAUACUACCUCCUUUAAGAAACUGACAAAGAGCUUCUGCAAAAUUAAUCAAGUUCUCGACUUAUCAAUUACGGCAAAUUCAUCCUAACGAUAGCAUUGAAAAUACAGCUAUAAACUCUUACUGUUCUGUUGCUGUCCUGUACUAUUUUAAUUUAAAAGCUAUAGCUUAAUAGCUCUGAGGGAGUUUGGAUUUUAGGCUUGCUAUUGCCUUUUUAAUUUUGUGAUUAGAAAGCAUGCUUUUCCAAUAAAAACUUACGAAGUGCCAGCUGUUUACUUAAAACAUAAAUAUACAUGCAUAGCAUGUGUCACCAAGUAGUCUACUUCCUAAAAAAAACCUAGAGUACUUACAAGGGUUGUUUUCAUACCUAGAAUUAAGCAUAUGCACUUUUAUUGGUGUGCAGGACAAAAGUCUUUUGAUAGCCCCAUGUGGUGUUUGCUUUACAGGUGAAAUAAUUUAAUUUUAAACUCUUGUAGUGGUCAACAGCUUUAGGCCUCCUGUUGCUUCAUUUUGUACUUAAUUUACAGAUUGUUAUUGCUGACUUGUCAACAAGUAGGAAUCUGUAAUCAAAACUUGGUGCUUUUGGUUAUUUGAAUAUUCUUUAAGCGACCAAAGGUCUUGCACUUCCCAGGGCAGUCAGCUACAGGGAAGAGUUUCUGGGACAUCCCAAAACUGAGAACUCCGUGGGACAAUCUCGAGAUACGCACACAGCCCAAUUCUUUUUUGCUGGAAUUCUUAUGUAUUGCUAGAGAAUCUUCAUGCUCAAAAGUUUGAGAUAGAACUUAAUUUUCAAAUGUUCUUGCUGUCAAUUUAAAGUUUAAAGGAACUACGGUAUGAUGUUCUUGUAUUACUUGACUGCUGUGUUGAGCACUUAAAUGUAAAAGUAACAUAAAGGCUUAGCUUCAUAGUUCUGGUAGCAACUGAAACCCUUGCAUUAAUACUCAUGGAGAAUACUGUAAAGGUGAUGGAAACUCGGAUCUUACUUUCUCCUGGUUUUUUAUAAACAAAAUGAAGUAACUCAUGGCCAUUUGUUUCUGAUAACACAAAAGUUAACCAUUUUAAUUGACUAAAGUGAUUUAAAUACUCUAGUAUUCAGAAAUCCAGCUUGACUGUAGAUGUAAAUACAUGGAUGUGUAAUGAAUUCUGCAUGUGGCCAUGGAUUUACCAAACUGUAACUGUGGAUGGUGCUUUUGUUCUAGUGGCAAGGUAAGAUUAACUUGAGGAUUGUUAUUCAGAAAUAUCUAAUAAACGAAUGCGUUUUUAACUGCCAAAGUUGUAUUUCGACAGCAUCAAAAAUACAGUAUUAAACAUGACUUGGUACCUGUGCCUUAUUUUAAAUUAAAUUUUUACUCUUUUUUUGGCAGCUACUAGACUAAAAGAACAAGAUUCUGGUGUCUCCAGUAUGAAAUUAUUUUUCUGUCAUGAUCUUAACUGAUUUAAACUAUUCACACUGACAUUCAGGCUCAGCUUGUUGUGUGCUCUCUAGUGCUCAAAUGGCUAGGAAUCAGUUUUACUGUAACAGAAUGUAUAUGUACAAUAUCUGCUCAAAGGUGACAUGAGUAAUAUGUCUUUAAUAGCUUUGUAACUCAGACAUGUGUGUAGUUGUCUCAGUGAAUCUAAGAAAUAAGCUUAUGAAUAAUCACUUGCAUGAAUGCUUAGCUUUGAUAUAUUCUGAAAAUGCUGUUUCUUGGAUGUAUCAAAAGAUCCAGACAGAAUUAAUACUUUCUCCUUAAUCCUUUCUUCUGUAUGUACUUGUGAUGCAAGAAGCAUGGGUGUACUUGAGGAUGGAGAAUGCUCCCAAAGCUGUUCUUCAUACUGUACCACUUGAUAGGAAAAGAAUGUCUUUGAGGAAAAGACCUACUGUUUUUCAGUGUUCCUGAGAAUACAUGAGGCUGUUGUGCUGAAAGGGUUUUUAUUUGAAGUGUGAUCUUAGCCAUCCCCUGACCUGAUAUUAAAGCCACCUUCUGGCAGACUGCCUCUUUCUGCAGUGCUUAAAGAACCCCCAAUAUUCUGUGAAUGUAAGAAUCAAGCCUUAGGUAUUGCUGAUGGCUCGCUCAAGAGGGAAGACAGAAAAAGCUACCCCAUUAAUUAAUUUUAGCUGGGCAUAAAGAAGCAAGCAUGUCUUAAUGAUAAUGUAGAGCUCCAUUUUGAAGGAGUUAUACCUGUUUUUUAGUAAAGUGUACUGUGCAGGGAAACACCCUUGUAUCACACAGGUACUGCAGUUCCAGGCUACUUAAUAGUGCUUAGAAAUUGUUACUGGUAUUAAAAAAUAAGCAUCAGUCCUCUAGAAGCUUGCCUUCUGCAGUGAGCUGUAAUUAAAGGUAUCUUUCUGUAAUCUGCCUGUGUUAUCAGAGGCUGCACUUUUAACACUUGGGGUGCAGGAGGGAUGGGGGAAUAGAAAAGGACAAAAAAAGUGGUUGUGUCCUAUGUUGAGUGGUACUGCCUCCACUGCAUCAUACCAUGUGUAUCUUAAAGCAGGCUGUAUUUCUGUAUUUUCAUUUUGUGGUUUCUGAAAUAGGCAAAUUCAGAGUUACAGAUUGCAUUUUGCAUUGGGGAGAUAAAAGUUUUAAAGAUGGAUGCUACAGGGCUGAUUUGUGGUGUGUUGGGGUGUAGAAACUUGGAAAGUAUCUCGUUCAAAGCUUUCGUUUUGAAACUAGCAAGUGGUUGCUUUUGCCAGUUCAUCUUGCCAGAUCUUCCAGUUUAACAGCAGACUGGAUAUCUUGUCUUGCAGUGGGGAUUUGCAGAUGUAUUUUGUGCCCAGUUUUCUUGUACAAAGAGGAACAGGUGUUUCACAGCUAUUUCAGAAUACAAAACCAUGCAAAUCAUUGUAUUGGUGUGAAGUUAUUCCAACUUUUGUCCAAUGCAAAUUCUUUAUUAUAUGAAAGCAGUUGGUUCUUUGGUGAGGAACUUCAUAUUGAGCAGAUGCUGCAUUAAAGGAGGAAAAAAGUAAAGCUAUUUUUAAGUCUUGGUAACAGCCAGACAGCUUAUUUUGUCUUCAGUCUACCUUCCUACACACAGUAAUCAUUCUAGGCUACAGAUAAAGAUUCACUGAGAGAACAGAUUUAGCAUGCUUGUGGUGUUAGUGCUUAUAUUAUUCUUUAAACAAUUCAUGUUUGUUCCAUAUUAACUGACUUAUUUUAUGUCUUAGAAUGAGGCUAAAUGCAAGUAUUUCUUUUCUUUCCCUCAUGCGUUCAUUCUUCAGCACUUAAUGGUAUUAUUCCUCUUCUUAAAUAUACUGCAAGUAUAAGUUGUUAGAAGCAAUGAGGGGAAGAUGAAAAUUUUAGGUACAAUACAGGGCUAGCUAUUUCAUGCUAUUCAUUUUAAAGCAAUUGUGAAAAAUUUCCCUCUUUAAAAAAGUUUUCACAAAGAUUCUGUUAAUACCUAUUAACUGAAGUGGCUGUAAGUUUGAGUUUGAACUUGGUUGAAAAAAAAUAAACUGUUUUACUCUGAA